UUGUCAAAUCAGUCUCGUGAGGAAAAUUUUACUGAAAAUUUGGCGACUUAAAACUAAAUUUGUAGGAAAAUGGUGACUCAUCGAUGUGCUUGUGGGAUUUUACUGUUCAUCUCUCUAGUUUGCUCGAUAAAAUCUGAUGAGACACAGGCUGCGGGGAUACAAAACCCUCUACACGAUGCAAAACUGACACAUGACAAAGACCAUAUUAAGGAACAUCUUAAGGAUGAAAUUGACCUAAAGGAUGAACAGAUGUCUGACGAGGAUCUCCAAUUCCACUACUUUAAACUGCAUGACUAUGAUAAUAACAACAAAUUGGACGGAAUUGAACUCAUGAAUGCCAUGACUCAUUAUCAUGAUGAAGAAGGUGAAGGAAAGAAUCCUCAGUAUAGUGACGACGAAAUGGGACACAUGAUAGAUCAAAUUUUAGACGAGGAUGACCUUAACAAAGACGGCUAUAUUGAUUAUCCAGAAUUUGUAGCAUCACAGAAGUCUUAACAUACAGAGAUAUUUCAAUAUCAGAUGUUUGUGUUUUUGAGAACAUUUACAAUGGUCUGUUUGUUACUGAUAGUGUCAGUUAUAACCAGAGUCAGGAGAGAGAUAUCUCCCUUUGGUUGCCCCCCCCCCCCAACAUGUAAGUGUUAGGGGGGGGGCAGGGAGAGAUGAGAGGGGUAGGUGAUCUUGAGUAGAAACUCACUUGAACUCUUGAUGGGGCUUUGUACCCUGCGAGCAGAGCCUUUUCUUAAUCCAUCCUCAAAUCUAAAAGGGAAAAAGGCUCUGCCGACAUCCUGUUGUUGCUCGUUUGAACAUGCGGGGCGGUUGCCUAGAAACUGAUCCUUUUCCAGGCCCCCUUGAACAAUUGUGGGCACAGAUUUGGUCAUCUGUGUACAUGAAAAACAAAAGCAUGUGUACCAAAACUGGUUUGACUGGAGGCAAAACCGCUUGACUAGCCCGGAGUUUUGGGCUUUCAGCAUUUCAAAGCAACAACAGGAUGUCAGCAGAGCCUUUUCCCUUGGAGGGUUAAAAAGAAGAAAAGAAGAAAAGGCUCUGCUAGCAGGGUAGGGGCUUUGCUCCCAGGUUCUCCAAAUCCUGAAAUUUCAGAGCAAGUCAUGUGCAUGUACUUUUUAAGUACCUCUUGUUUCUUUUGUACCUGAAUUUUUUUUUGUAGAGAAAUAGAGCUUAAUUUGCGUAAGUGCUGAAGUCAAUGAUGCUUAAAAUUUAUCUGAAAAUUUCACCAUUAUCCAUUAAUUUUUGAGUUUAAAGGACAAUUACAUCAACUCUACACUUCUGUGAUCCUAUUAAAAAUCAAAUGGUCCAAAUCUGUACCCUCUUUAACACCUAACAAUCCUACCUUCAUCUAAAGCCCAGGCCAGUUUGCUUGGAUGUUCAGUUCCUUCACUUCCCCUUCCAUACAUGUGUUGCAUACAUGUGUGGUUGGUAUUAACUAAAGAUUCUAAAUAACUUUUAUAGUACAUGGCUGUAAGAAGCUUCAGAAAGAGGGGAUGUCUCCUUCCUCAGACUCUCUCUAUCUGACACCACUUUUGUUAUUCUAUAACAGAAUUACGAUUAGUAAUAAAAUUAUGUGAAUGGAUUUAAAAGAA